GCCGAAGCCAAUCUCCAAGCCUCGAUUUAUCGUUCACGCCAUGCUGUCGAUAACAGAACAAAUAUCGUCCUUGCGGCACCCUACCGAGGCCGAUAUGGAGCUUGUUCAACAAGUCAUUGGUGAUCAUGAACAAGCCUGCCGUCUAGUGGAAGACAAGAUAGACAUCCAGAUAUCUCUUCUAAAGCGUCUUCAAAGAGAGAAGCAGAGACACUUGGAUAACAUACAAUACUGCCGGUCCAUCAUCACUCUGGCCCGUCGUAUUCCACGGGAAGUCCUAGGAAAAAUCUUUGAGAUAUGUGCUUCGAGCGGCUGGUUUCGAGCGCCCCUUGCCGCAUCUCAAGUCUGUUCCGCGUGGAGGGAAGCCUCCCUUUACCCACGGGCAUGGUCUAACAUCUACAUUGACUGUGCAUCAAGUGGGGUCUUGAAUAGAACUAGGCUCUGGUUGUCUAAGGCGCACGAAGCCCCACUACACAUUACUAUCGACGUGUUCGGUGAAAGCCCGUAUAUCUCGCCACUGUUGGAUCUAAUCACACAACACCAGCAUCAAUGGUAUACAUUCAAUAUCCAUGCUGCUUCCUGCAUACUUGCCAACCGAGUUACUAGUCGAUGCUUCACGUAUAGCCCCUACCUUCGUGAAGUAAGAAUUCUCACAACCAAGACCGAGCCGGAUGGCGUGCCCCUUGAUUUUCGUGCCCUUCGGGAGGCCCCUCGUUUGUUUCAACUGCACCUGGAACAACCAGAUAUAUUUGCGUGGGACGCAUCCCCCACCUUGAAGUCACAGAUCACCGAUUUGAACAUAAAACUUGUCUCCCAGGAUCUACUGACUUUAUCCUUUACUGGAGUCAGCCUUAUCAAUAUCUUGCAGGAUCUUCUUGGACUUCGUUGUCUGAAGCUAGAAUUAUCAGAACCCAAGAAACGUGUUUUCGUGGCCGACAAUACUCCAGAGCUCGAGUUACCUAAUCUCGAGUCCUUGACUUUGACAAUAUCAGAUGAUGCAACUUCCUUGUUGAAUUAUCUUCAAACUCCCUGCCUCAAGUCUUUGUCCAUCCAAACGUCUGCAGAGGCCAUUUCCGAUCCCCUGAUUGCCCAGCACUUAAUCAGCUUCCUUAAGUACUCCCCCGCACUGAGGGCGCUCGAGUUGUACGAUGUGGGCGUACCUCGUGAGCAUCUCAUUCAUUGUUUUAGCCUCAUGCCACAGCUAGAGGAGCUGCGCCUUCAUGAUAGUGACAUAUCGGACAUAGAACUCCAAGCCUUGACAGGGUCUUCAGGAUACUGCCCCCUUCUGACCCGACUUGACCUUCGCUGGUGUAGCUACUUCAGUGGACGGACUCUAGUUGACCUGGUUAGAAGCCGGAUCUUGGACCAUGACCAGAAGAUCAUGGCACGGUCCCGAUCUCUUCGAGAGAUCAAAGAAAUUACCGCAAUCAAUUGCUUGCACGUUGAGGAGCAGGAUGUCAUUAGUCUUGCUCAGCUCACCAUCUGUAGGGUUGUUACAAGAGAGAACGACAUCUGCGUGGAACGGGAAUGCUGCGAUAAUGUACGAUAUAGACAGCGAAUGAAAUUCCGGCAUUUGAUGGAUAUUUCCAAUCCUCCAACUUCGUCGUUCCGACUUGUCCUGGAUCACUAA